AUGCUGGACAUUGAUGAUAUUCUGGCCACUGAGAACGAGCUCCGUCAAGUUAUAGAGGACCAUGGUCCAUUUGAUGGUUUGCUUGGAUACUCGCAGGGCGGUUCGAUGGCUGCUCAAAUUGCUAUCCGACUUCUCAUCGAGAAUCCAUACGCCACACUUCAGGAGUUACCAAUCAAAUUCCUGGUGCUCAUUAACAGCGCCGUGCCACCUUUCAUUAUGCCAUUGGAUGACCAAAAAGUCACGGAUCUACCGAUUGAAGAGGCGCCAAAGCUGCGGAUGCUAUUUGAUGUCUUCAAAGCGGAUCCCGCCGAACACCUGGAUAAAGUGCGGCCAGUAAAGCUUGCCAAUGGUAGACAGGUAUGCAUAGAAAGACUUGGUCAUUUUGCUUAA